AAAAAUAUUGCUUGAAAAGUUGGAAAAUUAAGGUUGGAGUUAAAGGUGGAUUUCGGAAGGGAAGGCGACUCAAAAAGAACAGUGAACGAAGGCAUGAGGCAAACACCUUAACCAGUAAGCCAUGGCUGACAAAAGGAAACUACAAGGUGAAAUAGAUCGAUGUUUGAAAAAAGUGGCAGAGGGUGUGGAGCAGUUUGAAGACAUCUGGCAGAAGCUUCACAACGCAGCCAACGCCAACCAAAAAGAGAAAUAUGAGGCUGAUCUCAAGAAGGAGAUUAAAAAACUACAGCGCCUCCGAGACCAGAUUAAGACGUGGGUGGCCUCCAACGAGAUCAAAGAUAAAAGGCAGCUGGUGGACAACCGUAAACUCAUAGAGACGCAAAUGGAGCGCUUUAAGGUGGUGGAGCGGGAAACCAAAACGAAAGCGUACUCUAAAGAAGGGCUGGGACUGGCACAGAAAAUCGACCCUGCACAGAGGGAGAAGGAAGAGGUCGGACAGUGGCUGACGAGUGCCAUUGACACGUUAAACAUGCAGGUGGACAUGUUUGAGAGUGAGGUGGAGUCCCUCUCCGUCCAAACCAGGAAGAAGAAAGGAGACAAAGAGAAACAGGACCGCAUCGAGGAGCUGAAGGGCUUCAUCGAGAAGCAUCGAUACCACAUCCGCAUGCUGGAGACCAUCCUGAGAAUGCUUGACAACGACUCUGUCCAGGUGGACGCCGUCCGCAAGAUCAAGGAUGACUUAGAGUAUUACCUGGAUUCCUCUCAGGACCCGGAUUUUGAGGAGAAUGAGUUUCUCUACGAUGACCUGGAUCUAGAAGAUAUCCCUCAGUCCCUGGUAGCCACGUCUCCACCCAGUCAGACAGAGGAUGAGAUCUACCAGCACUCCAGCUCUACUCCGACCUCCACCACCUCCUCCUCCCCCAUCCCUCCGUCCCCAGCCACCUGCACUACGGAGAAUUCGGAGGAUGACAAGAAGAGAGGCCGUUCCACAGACAGUGAGGUCAGUCAGUCACCUGUGAAGAAUGGAAACCCAUCUUCAUCGACGUCCUCCUCCUCUUCCUCCACAUGCUCCUCAGGAGCUUCCUCAACCGCUUCGGUCUCCAUGGCGACUGUUGCCAGUAGCAGUGCGGCAGUCUCUAGCAGCAGCAGUCUCUUGGGCCUGCUCCCAAACUCAGGCAGCUACAGUUCAGCUACCCAGCAGCACCAACCCAAAAACUCCGUCAUCUCCAUGGUCUCCACCAACGCCACACCCAACCCUUCCUCCAAUGCUCUUCUCCCGACCCCCACUUCAGUCUCUUCCACCCCCAGCUCCAGUGCACUGGGCCCCCUCACGCCGAACUCCCAGCCCCAGGCUUCCUCCGGGCUUACGCCUGCCUCAGGCCUUGGCCUUGGGUUAGGGCUGGGCCUCGGUAAGGGGAGCGUAACACCCUCCUCUGCUACUAACCAAAUGUCCAGCCUAGGUUUGUCUGGGAUGCCGGCGUCCCUGAACAGCAUGGCAGGGCUCCUGGGCACCGCCACGUUGUCACCUUACGCCCAGGCCGCGGCCGCAGGGACAACCGCCAACGCGCUGCCUGGCUCAGCCGUCACUAACUCCAGCACGUUGGGAACAGCGGUGGGGCCCAGCGGAAACGGGGGCUCCACGGGUCUUCUGGGCUCUGCUCCCGGGGUUAGCGGAGCCAGCAGUGGGAUUCUGGGUAUGGGAUCGCUGCACGGAACUCCUCUGGUUGCCCCCGUGCCUGUGGGUGGGGCUUUGUCGUCCGGGAGCGUCGGCGGCAGCAUCGGCGUCGGCGUCAUUGGAAGCAACAGCGGGAAUUCUGGCACGGGAAGCGCAGGAGGCAUGGGCGGGGGCAGCGCUCCCGUUUCCCGCUCUCCAAACGGACAGAAACCGAACGGUAACGCCAGUUACAGUGCAGUAGUAGCUGACAGCACAUCAGAGCCAGCCCUGAACAGCACCAGCCAAUCACAGACCUGCCAACCUUUAACCUUGACCUCCUCAACCAAUCAGCCUAAAGACAGUGGUCCCAGCCUCCUGGGACCGAUAACGCUGCCCCCGAGUUCGCCUUCCCCGUCCUACAGCGAGCCCAAACCAGUAGGGGGCGCUUUGUUGAACGGACCUCAAUCCUACAGCCAGACAUCUGACGGCAUCAAGGCUCAGGAAACCUUAAGUUCACUGAAGACCAUGGCGGAGCGGGCUGCCCGGGGAUCAGGGAUGGAUGGAGAGCUGUCUGCACUACAUCUCACUGGAGAUAUCUUCCCCAGCUCUACAGGCCCUGGAUCAGGCCCCACCGUGGCACCUCAGCCCUGUGUCACAGAGGUCAUCAUCCCACCCUCACUGGGGGUGUGUCCGCUGGGCCCCAUCCCCCUAUCCAAAGACCAGCUCUACCAGCAGGCAAUGCAGGAGGCCACCUGGACACACAUGCCCCACCCAUCUGACUCAGAGAGGAUCAGGCAGUACCUAAUGAGGAAUCCCUGUCUCACACUGCCUUUCCAUCACCAGAUGCCCCCACCUCACUCCGACUCUGUGGAAUUCUACCAGAGACUGUCCACAGAAACGCUCUUCUUUAUAUUCUACUACUUAGAGGGUACCAAGGCUCAGUAUUUGGCAGCCAAAGCCUUGAAAAAGCAGUCCUGGAGGUUCCACACCAAGUACAUGAUGUGGUUCCAAAGACACGAGGAACCCAAGACCAUCACUGAUGAAUUUGAGCAGGGCACAUACAUUUACUUUGACUACGAGAAGUGGGGCCAGAGGAAGAAAGAGGGAUUCACGUUUGAAUACAGGUACCUGGAGGAUCGCGAUCUUCAGUGACACGCGGACUGAGAGGAUAGAACAUUUCAAACUGGACUACUGUCGACAUUCCUGGACUGAACUCACAGGCGUGUGCGCGCACACAUACAGACACUCACACA